GUCUGGUUUCCUGGACCGUGGAUAGUGAUAUACCUGGGUGCCUCUCUCUCUGAUUUCUUCGCAUCUCCCUUACAUCAGUUUCUCUGUAUAGUGUUCGUAAAUUGGAUCAGUCCGAGUCGUGUCUAGUAACACGUUGUAUCUGAUCAAACUGAUCACAUCAACCCCACAUCUCACUAUGAAUCCUCUGCGCACAACAGCAGCACGUUCACCAGCCAAGAACUUGUUCAAAGCAAACCUCCCUACUACCCACGUGGGAAGUCCCGUGCGAUUCCUCUCCACACAGACAUCACAAGCCGAAUACCUCUUGCAAGACAAAGACAACGGCUUAGGCUUCAUCCGCGCCAACCCGCGCACUCCCAAACCGAGGAAGCAUGGCGUGACGGAGAUCCGCGGGCCCUACUAUUCCGCCUACGGAAAACGACACUUGCAGGACGUGAUGGAUAUCAUGGGCCAUCACGUGGACGGCUUGAAGUUCGCGGGCGGCUCGUUCUCGCUGAUGCCGGAGAAGUCGUUGACGGAGUUGAUUGAGAUCGCGCAUCAGAAUGAUGUCUAUGUUUCGACAGGUGGCUUCAUGGAACAUCUUCUUACGCAUCCAGAUGUCAUGACGGUCGUUGACCGCUAUCUUCAGAAGUGCAAAGAUGUCGGAUUUGACGUCGUCGAGCUCUCGAGCGGGUUCCUAUCCUUCCCCCCCGACGACUGGUUACGGCUUGUCGAGCGCGUGCACAGCUACGGCCUGAAAGCCAAGCCCGAACUAGGGAUCCAAUUCGGCGCUGGCGGCGACACAGAAGCUUCGGCGCUCGAAGAGGCCGGCACCAGCGACCCGUCCAAGAUCGUGAACCUCGGAAAGCAGUUCAUCGAUGCGGGCGUGGAGCGCAUGAUGAUUGAGUCUGAGGGCAUCACGGAAAAUGUCAGGACGUGGCGCACGGAUGUCAUCCAGUCGAUCUUGAAGGAUUUGCCCAUGGAGAAAGUCAUGUUUGAGGCGGCGGAUCCGCCGGUCUUUAAUUGGUAUAUUAGGGAAUUUGGCAUCGACGUUAAUCUGUUUGUAGAUCAUAGCCAGAUCGUGCAGCUGACUUGCUUGCGGUGUGGCAUUUGGGGAAUGGCGGAUACGUUUGGGAAGAUUGCUAGUUAUAGGAAGUAAAAGCCUCGAGUUUGGAUUAGGG